AUGGCGCCCCACCUCAGCAAGAGGGAGCUCGACCUCUGCUUCUCGCUCUACGCCGCUGGGAAGACCCCGGUGGAGAUACGCGACCUCGUUAGUCGGACCCGUGAGUCCCUCGACGAGACUGGGCCGGAUUUGACGACCGUCCGCCGGGCCCUCCGGGGCGCCACGCACAGGCGUGGCCCAGCGGAGACUCGCGGCCGCAAGCCCGAGCUCACGGCCGUCAAGCUCCGCGCCUUGAACAACGCGCGGGUUCGUUUGAUUCGGGCGGCCAAGGGCGAGGCCGAGGUUCACCUCAAGGACGUGAUGAAGGCCGCGCGGGUCUCCGACGUCCACAAGGGCACGGCCUCCAGGCACUUCAAGCGCCUCGGGGUCACCUGGCGCGCUCCCCGCGCGGAGCCGCUCCGCGGCUCCGCGGAGGCGGAGGAGCGCGUGGCCGCGCGUUCGGGGUGGAAGCGGCUCCCGGGCAAUUAUUUCACGCACCAGGUCGAUGCCAUCAUCGACAAUAAGGUGUUCCCCAUCCCCAUGACCAAGCGGGCGAAGACGCACGCAAAGAAGAGUCGCGUUCGCGGCCACCUUCGCACCAAGGCAGAGGGGGUCCUCAAGCCUUUCACGACGCCGAAGGGGAACCGGAACAGGGUGAACCCAGGCGCCAAGGUUCACGUGGCCGCAGCCAUCGUGAACAACAAGGUCCGCGUCUGGCACUACCUGCCCACCCUGUGGUGCGCCGACGCAGCCUGCGAUUUCUACGCGGGCGUCCUCGCUCCCGCGCUUCGCCGUUGCCGGAAGGGGCGCCGCGCCUUCCGCAUCCUGGAGGAUAACGACCCCACGGGGUACAAGAGCAAGAUGGCCAUUGGUGCUUAA